GGGAAAGUGUCGUGCCAUCGUCUUCACGUUCCGACAGAUAGCGCGCAAAUUUAAGCAAUAAGAUCAGCUGUUCUCCCAACGAUCUUCAUGGCCGCCUCUAUUUACAGUUAAUAGCGGGAGGCUACCGCAUUGUCGUUAUUAUUUUUCAGUCUAUAAUUAAUACCUUUUAAACAGAAUCAAAACUGGUGUGUAAUACAUAAUGAAUGACUCAUUUUUAGAAGAUUUAGAUUUAUUACCAAGCGAGAAAAGAAAUUUUGUAGAAAAUCAAGUAGAUCGACAUGUAACAAUCAGACACACAACCUCUUCGCCAUUACAACGUUUGUCGGAACAAGAUGAUUUUGAAAAACUUGUGCAACAACAAAAAACUGAGAGUGUCUCGACUAAAGUAUCCAAGUUGCCACAAAUCAGAGAAUCUAAUAAAAAAGAGUCGCCUAUUAAGGAUGUAAAGUCUUUAACCGAACAUGAUACGCGAAAGCAGAUGAUAAAAGUAAAAUCUUCAGAGAGGAAGGAAAAAGGCGCUGAAAAUAAAUUAAAGUCAAUGGAAAAUAAAGUUAAAUCGGACUUUAGAGAAAAAGAUAAUAAACAAGAAGCAAGAGUUAAAAUAUCAGAAAGUAAAAUUAUAAUUAAAGAUCAUAAUCGUCGGUCUGGCAGUUACAAGGACAAUACCCGUUCCUUGGAUAGCUCUAGUAAAGAGAACAGUCGUCCGCCAGAUUCUUUGAAAGGAAGCACUCCGCACGUCGACGUAACGAAGGAAAGAGGAGGACGUGUGAUUGAAAGUUCAACAAAAAAGUCUGAAACAAAAGAAUAUGAUCCAGUUGCGUUACUUAAUGCAAUUAAAGAUCUUAUAAGCACCUAUACCAAACAAGAAAGCACAAAAAUAUUAAAAACUAUGCAAGAGUUUCAUAUAAAUUCACAAAAAACUUUUAUCAAGAAUACAUUGUUGCAAACUGAUGAGAUAAUUAAAGAGAUACAUCCUACCAGAGAUUCAAUUCGUAUGAGAACACUGAUAGAAGAAAAUGAAAAAUUACAAGAGGAUUUAAUCAUUUUACAGAAACGGUAUAGUGAUUUACAAAAGAAAUUAGACGAGCUAGAAUUUCUUAAGGAGGAAAACACAGCUUUAAAACUGAAGUGUAAAGAAUUAUCUAUGCAGCAACAAUGAAUAUUAAAAUAGAUUUUAAGACUUUAGAUAUAAUAUACUUCAAAAGUAAUGACUUUUAACAUUUAUAUAACGUUAUAACUAUACUUUGCCAAUGAAUCGUUAACAAAUCUCUGCCAAAUGAUGAUAUCAUUCUAAACUUCCUAUAGUUAAUUUAAUUGUUAAUUCUUAAGUAGGAAUAUAUAUAUAUAUUAGAAGUUCUCUAUAAUAAAGUAAUAAACUGUGCCUGUUUGUAAGAUAUUUGCUCAAUUGUUAAUCAUAGAAACAAGUAUGUUAUCACAAAUAUAAUUUAUUUUUGUAUCAUUCCAUUACUUACUUAUAAUGUCAUAAUCCAUUGUCAGCGGUCACAUUUAUGCAUGAUUGCUCGGCCAAAUAAAUAUAUAAGCAGUAUAUUAUUAAAUUGAUAUAUUGCGUAUAAUGUUGAUUUGCGUGAGAGACCGAUGAUAAUGCAUUAAAAAUACGUUUAAUACAUUCUGCAUAAAUAUUUAUUAAUUACAAUGUGUAUGCAAUCAUUUAAUAAAGAAUUUUAUUCUUAUUAGAUCCGUUA